AUGUUGCCUAAGUUCCAGACGUUCAAGCAAAGGCGCCGUGACAACACUCGGCCAAAUGAUUUACGGAGUCUUGUCACCCGAUUUCUCCAUGUCUCUGUUCUCUGGCUUCUCUUCGCCAUCUUCGUCGGUGCCAGCACCGGCACCUUCGCCGCGUCCUGGUUCGUCCAGUCCGAUGGAGGCAAUCGCCUUGACAAUGACUUCUACAACCUGCUCAGCCAAGCGUUUCUCACGCUUCUCGCAAGUUACUGCACACUACUGCCAGUCUUGCACGACGCUCUGACGAGAGAACGCUCUCGCGUCCAACUCCCAGUACCCACCGCGGUCUUCUAUCUCUCAGUCAUUGCAACGAUCUGUACGGCCGUGGCGGCGCCCGUCACUUAUGCCAAAGUGCGUGAAGACUCCAAUCGUGCGAAUAUCGGCAACACCAUGAAUUUCGUCUCCAGCUUUUUCGCAGUGGUCACUGCAAGCCAGCUUGCUGGAGGGAUUAUGCGCAUCCGGGAGUAUUGA